UUUCAUCGCUUCCCGAGAAGAGAUUCAUCUCCCUCGUUGAUUCUCUUAUGCAUAUGCAUAUGCAAGUGCAAGUACAUAUACAUAUACGUAUACGUAUACGUAUACAUUUAUAUGUAUGUAUGCCUAGGUAUCUGUCUCUAGUCCCCAUUUGAAGUGGGAAGUUGACUCAGAGUCUUCAGCCCUCGGAGUGGUCCAGACGGGAGGAUUAGUAGGCGGCGAGACGUACAGCGGAAGGUGAAAGAUCGAAGAAAGGUCCCAAAUUUUGGAAAUGGGUUUGCCGGAAAUCAUUCAAAUUGCCCGUGAUUUCGCCGUUUUGGUCCGCGUUCACGGCCCGGACCCAAAGGGACUGAAGAUGCGAAAGCAUGCUUUCCAUAAAUACGAUUCUGGACUUACCACACUUUCGGCUUCUGGAUUGCUACUUCCUGAUGCCCUUUAUGACCCAAAGGUUGCGAAGCGGGUUUUUGGCGAUAGCCAGUCGAAUACAGCAUUGGUGGUAACUGUUGCUUCUGUGAUUGAAUCUUUUUUGUCGCCGAAUCACCGAGGGAGCGUAGUUCAGGGCCAUCCACAGUUGAUUCCGGGGGCUCAGAUAAACAUACUGAUGGACGACAAUGCAAGAGUGGGGAAUGACUCUGAGGAAUCAAAUGUAGGAGAUUCUUGCUGGAUGCCUGCAACGCUGCUAACUUUAGUUGAUGUACCAGACUCUUCCCUUGCUCUCCAGUCACUGCUUGAUACUUCUGUCGGCUCUUCGGGGCAUAAUUGGGAGAUUGGUUGGUCCUUGACCUCCGAAGAGAUCAGCCCACGGUCUGUUUCUGAUCUUAUGAGAGCAGAACAUCAGAGGCAUAUGACUAUAGAAGAAUGGACUAACACAAGUUCUGCUUCUAUGGGCAAGUCUCUUACUAGAAUUGCUCUUCUAGGAGUUUCGCUUCCUCUGAAGAAUGCUCAGAGCAUCGCUAUAUCAUCAUCAAUCAGAAGUGGCGAUUUUGUUUUAGCAGUCGGUUCUCCAUUUGGCAUCCUUUCACCUAAGCAUUUCUUAAAUAGCACCUCUGUGGGAUCUAUUUCCAACUGCUACCCCCCAACUUCAGCAAACAAAUCUCUACUCAUGGCCGAUAUUCGCUGUCUUCCUGGUAUGGAAGGUUGUCCUGUCUUUGAUGAGAAUGGCAAUCUCAUUGGGAUUCUUGUCACACCAUUAAGGCAAAAGACUAAUGGGGCCCAAAUUCAGCCAUUAAUCCCGUGGGAAGCAAUCACAGCUGCUUUCAGCCACAUCCUUUGGAAGGAACCUGCUGGGAAGGUCUUAAAGCAACGCAUUGAAACUGGAAAGGAGUUAAAUUACAUUCAUAAGAAUCCUUUGUAUGGAUCUUCUUCAACUAUCAAGAAGGCCAUGGCUUCCGUUUGUCUCAUAAUGGUUGGUGAUAGCAUGUGGGCUUCUGGGAUAGUGCUCAAUAAACAAGGCCUCAUCAUAACGAAUGCCCACUUGCUCGAACCAUGGAGAUUUGGUCGGAAUGCUGUAAGUGGUGAAGAAAAUGGAAUGGAACCUCCGCGCCUUGGGCCCCACCUUUGUGAUGAGAAUUGUAAGUUUGGGCUGUGCAGUGUCAGUUCGUCUGUCAGAAACUAUAAGAAGAUUCGGGUUCGUCUGGAUCAUAGAGAACCUUGGUUUUGGUGCAAUGCGAAAUUGGUAUAUAUCUGUAAAGGGUCCCUGGACAUUGCUCUUCUACAACUUGUGGAUGUUCCAGAUGAUCUUUCUCCAAUCGUGGUAGACGUUGCAAACCCACUUCAAGGAUCGAGGGCAUGCGUGAUUGGACAUGGGCUGUUUGGGCCCAGAUGCGAGGUCGCACCAUCUGUUUCAUGGGGUGUCGUGUCAAAAGUUGUCAAGACAAAGUUACCUAAAUCCUACUGGUCCCUUAGACAUGGGGAUGAGCAUGGAGAAUUUCCGGUGAUGCUCGAGACCACAGCUACAGUUUAUGCGGGUGCUAGUGGGGGUUUGGUUGCUAAUUCAGAGGGUCAAAUGAUUGGACUCAUUACGAGCAAUACACGACACGGCAAAGGGACAGUAAUACCAAACCUGAAUUUCGCCAUCCCUUGUGCAGCUUUAGCACCUGUCUUCGAGUUUUCACAAGAUAUGAAGGACUUUUUGCUUUUGCGAGAUCUCGAUCAGCCAAAUAAACAGCUCUCUGCUGUUUGGGAAUUGAUGCCUCAAUUAUCGCCAGAGCCAGGCCCGACUCUGCCCGGCGGUUUGCCUCAGACCCUCCUGGAAGAUGGAAAGAAAGAAGGGAGGGGCUCUCGGUUUGCGAAAUUCAUAUCUGAAAACGACCUGCUCAAAAGAUCGACAGAAACUGGUGAGCGCGGAAAAUUACCUAGAGGGCCUCUGUCUAGUAAGUUGUGAUUAUGAGGAUGCUGCAGUCAUUCUGAGCGGAAUAAUUUAACGAUGUAAGAAGUUGCCUGUAUUCGUGCUGCUGUACAAUAGUUAUGGGCUCUGUAUCCCACAAUAUCUAUAAUCACUUUCCCAUGUUGAAGGGUACAGUCUUACUUGUAUAUAGUCUGCUCUUAUUCGGUUACGGGAAGUUCUUGCGAACUUUUCGUUGCUUGAUUUGUUCGAUU